AUGGAUCAAAAUGAUGUGAUUAAUGAAGUAUAUGACGAUUCGGAUUUGAGCAACGAAGAAGAUCACAGUAAACUGGCGUGGGUGAAGAAAUGGUAUCAGCUAAUCACUUCUCCCUUAGAUUUGCAGUUGGUAAUAACUGAAAAAUUAGAAAUGAUCGACUGGGAUGCUCAUGCCGAAAGUCUUGCUAAGCCAUUAGGGAAUUUUUUAAUCGCACUCUUUUUCUUAAUGAGACUUUUGCAAGACAAUUUGAUAAAACCCAAUUACUUCAAGUUAAACGUUAAGUCGGAUGCUUUCGAUCUCUCUAAAUCUAACAAGUUAAAAGAGUUUGAUUAUUUACUGGAGAUAUCUUCGAAUCUUCAAAACGGAAAUCAAUUUGAUGCCUUUCAAUCAUUGUAUUUUGUCACUCUAAGUUUUAUGGAUAAUCUUUUCAGAAUCUCUAUUUUUAUGUUGCUGUCGCUGAACUUAUAUCUGACCUGGAAGUUCAUAUUUGGGUACUUCAAAACUUACAAUUUGUUCCACUUGAAGAAUGAGUUCAAUUCCGCAAGUUUGACUAAACAUAACUUAAGUGAUUUGAAUAAGGAAUAUUAUGAAGAUAUUUAUAAGCAAUCCUUGUGGUCUCUUCUAAGCCAUUUUUUUAGAGGUUCUCGUGAUAAUGUACCUCAUAUUGAUCAAGAAGAAGAUGAAAUAUUCUAUCAGUUAAAAAAAUGGUCGCCUUCCAAGUUCAUAACUAGUCUUUUCGUAUCUUUCUCACCAACGGCAAUCAUUUUUUUGAGCUUUUCCGAAGUUUCUUUUACAACAGCAAUUUCUCUAUUUUUACACCAAUGCCUUUUAGAUUACAUCAUAAUCAAAAGAUUCCGAGCUAGCCUGGAAGACAAUUUGAUCUUAUCAAGUGCAGCUUUGCAGGAAUAUGAAGAUAAGCAUAUAAUUGCACGAACAAGUCAACAGGGUAGCAUGGAUUCUGUAUCAUUUAGUAGAGGUACUGAUCGAUCUGGGCCGGACACUAGAACACCAAGAAUAUUCACUACUCAUUCAUUACAUGGUGAAGAGAUCAAAGAGGCAUACAAUUACAAAAAAAGGGAGUUUGAAGUAUUGUCGAAUAAGAGUGAAGGUGUCCCAGAACCUCGAACAACCAAAAUGCAAGAUUUGAAAGGUAUGUCACAAGCUUUCGGCAGUUCCACACGUCCAGUUGGGUCUCAGUUUCCUCCUCAAUUUUCUCUGAAAUGUGAGGGUAAACUUUCAAAGAAUGAGCCUAUUCGACUAUCACCAAAUCGCUAUUCACAGCAGGAUAAAGCCUACCUGCCAAAUCAAGAUCAGAAUGUAUCGAAAUCAUCGAGCCCCUUAAGACAAACACCUUUAAGUGCAAGACAAAAAAGCUUCGAAGGUUCAGAAACUAGUGCAUUGAAUAAAGAUGAUAUUGAUGCCAUCCUUCGUUCCCCCAAUAAGAGAAACCAUUAUCAUAAAAGAUAG